CAGCAAUUCAUACAGCUAUAAAUGCAGUGCAAUCAUUAGGAAGGGGAUUUGAUGUGAAUUAUGAUACAAGAUUGCUAUAUUGUAAGGGGGUGGGUGGGUCUAGGGUUGUAGAGAUUGAUGAAGAGCAGCAGCAUACAAGGGAUCUUUGUUUAUAUGAUAACGUAGUGCUGCCUAAUAUUUCAAGGGAUAUUAAGAAUUUUCAGGAGCCUGGUGGUCGAGAUGGUUCUAGUGUUUGUAAUUAUAAUGAGAUGGUGGAAUUUUUUAACAGAAAGGCUGAUAUUUCAAGCCAUUCUCCUCUUGGUAGCUUCAAUGUAGCAUUCAGUUUCACUGGUGCAAAGCAUUUAGAUGCUAUCACUACAAAGACACUUUGUAUGGAUGGAUAUUUCAUACCACUUGCUAGGCUUCAACUCAUGAACUCACCGCUAGUAUUACAGGAAAGUGUUAGAAGAGCUGUCCCAGCAUCAUGGGACCCACCCGCACUAGCAAGCUUCAUUGAAACUUUUGGGACUCACAUAAUUACAUCCGUAACUAUUGGUGGUAAAGAUGUAAUUUACGUUAAACAGCACCUUUCAUCACCUCUGUCCACAAUGGAAAUAAAAAGUUAUGUUCAUGAUAUUGGAAAUCAGAGGUUCUCCAGCACAGAAAGCCUUACAAGUUCAGGUCUAUUGAAAUACAAGGAUAAGUCUAGCGAUCCAUCGAUAUUCAAUAGCCAAGGAAUAUAUCCCCAACCCACUAAUGCUCCAUAUAUUGCUGGAAAUGGAAAAGAGGAUGUCACAGUCAUUUUCAGAAGAAGGGGAGGGGAUGAUCUGGAACAAAGCCACACCCAAUGGGCAAAAACUGUCAGAUCAUCUCCAGAUGUCAUUGAGAUGUCAUUCUUCCCUAUCACUCUUCUGCUUGAAGGGAUCAAAGGGAAAGAUCAUUUGGCGCGUGCUAUAAGUCUCUAUCUUGAAUACAAGCCUCAAAUCGAAGAGCUGAGAUAUUUUCUGGAGUUUCAGGUCCCAAGGGUAUGGGCCCCUGUACAGUCCAGACUUCUAGGCCAACAGCGAAAGGAACCUGUUUGCCCACAUCUGCAGUUCAGCAUGAUGGGACAAAAGCUCUAUGUUAGCCAGGAACAAGUGUCGGUGGGGCGUAAGCCUGUGACUGGCAUGCGGCUAGCUUUUGAAGGUUCCAAGUCGAAUAGAUUAUGUGUCUAUAUUCAACAUUUGACUUCCCUUCCUAGAAUCCUUCUGCCAUGUUGGGACACUCAUGUAGCAAUUGGCGCUCCAAAGUGGCAGGGCCCUGAAGAGCAAGAUAGUAGGUGGUUUGAGCCAGUAAAAUGGAAGAACUUCUCCCACGUGAGUACUGCACCAAUUGAGUGUCCUGAAGCUUUUAUAGGUGAUGACCAGUCUGGCGUGUACACAGUGACAGGAGCACAGCUUGGGGUGUGGGACUUUGGGUCAAGAAAUGUGUUGUAUAUGAAGCUUCUAUAUUCAAGGCUACCAGGAUGCACUAUUCGAAGAUCACUGUGGGACCACGCCCCAAAUGACAAGUCGAAUAAACAGGUCAAUUUUGGGAAUAAAAAUAGCGAUGCAAGUUCUCCUACAGGGGAGAAUAUUAUAGGCAGUAAGUUGGCAAAGUUUGUUGACAUGACCGAAAUGAGUAAGGGGCCUCAAGAUCCUCCUGGUCACUGGUUAGUGACAGGUGGAAAACUUGGUGUUGAAAAAAGGAGAAUUGUUUUGAGAAUGAAGUAUUCAUUGUUAAAUUAUUAGUUGAUACUGGUUCUGAACUUGCUGCAUAAAUUGGAAGUGAUGGUGUUUUGGUGUAUAUGGUUCGGUUUUGUUUUUUGGUUGGUUGGUAGGAGGGAGCAUGUUUACCAUCUCUGGUUGAUGGUAGAUUGCCCUUCGGAGAAGGGUGUAUACCUAGGUAGUUCAGAUGUGUAAAUUUCUUCAAAUUUUGACACAAUUAUUUUUA